UAGCUGUGAGGGGCGGUGUCCGGCACACUGAUAGAGGAGAGCUGGUGCGCACACAGGCUCCACUUUUACACAUCACUUGUUCGCGUCAAGGUGUCAAUGCCGAACUUACCUCGGAUUUGGAUUUUAAAUAGUAAUUUCCACCAGUGUAACACAACUCAACUUUAAGCACCACCCAAAGUGAAGCACACACCACCAGAGUGUGUGCGCGUGUGAGUGUGGAGCAAGUGGAUCCAGAAAACCUUCCGUCAUGGGAGCGCACGGAUGGAGCGCAGCGCGUCUCGGGUUUGUCGUUUGUGGAUACUUAGCGUUUUUCUGCGGGCAAAUUGUUCCACGGGCCGAAGCGGGCUGCAGGGAGAGAGAGAGCCCAAACUGCUGCACCGGCCGGAACAACGAGUGUUUUGAGUACAGCAAGAGAAAAACUGUGUGCUACUGUGAUACCUACUGUCAGAAAACCGGAGACUGCUGCGAGGACUACCAGCGUGUGUGCCAAAUAUCUGCAGCCAUUGACUGUGUGGUGGGAUCGUGGGGUCCCUGGUCAUCAUGCACAUCUCCAUGUGGAGUUGGCAGCACAGAGAGGAGUCGCCAAGUGUCCGUUCCCCCUAGAAACGGAGGCACGCCCUGUCCUGACCUCAGACAGCGUCGAGGAUGCUUUGGAAACAAUGCCAUAUGCAGCACCGCAAAAGAGGUGGCAAAGAUCCUGCCUGAUUCCUUUAAGAGGAACUUCAAGGACCCUUGGAGGCGACCACACAUGCUGAUGAAGGAGGAGAAGGCCAGUUACUGUGUGUACCUGCGGUUGAAACAGGCCAGUGCAGCGUGUAAGCUUAAACUGUGGAGUGCUCAGCUGGUGAGAGAGAGGCUGGUCUGUGCAGAGUGUCAGAGCGAUGCCAUGUCAAAGUCAGACCGCUGCGGAGGCGACGGCCUACAGAGCACCAGAACUUUCUGGGCAGCAGCUUCAGUCCCGGGCUGUCAUGGUUCCUGGGUGCGAGAGUCGUCCUCUGAGGGCUGCCGGUGUCCUCCCUACUCCGUGCUCUUCGUGUGAGCCGACAUGCAAACCCCAGACAUCCCUAUGCAGGGACAAGAUUUCCCUCGACACCUCCUGCUAACUGUGGAGAGCCCUGCCAGCCAAGCCAGACCCCUCCGAUCCAGAGUACUGGAUGGGUAACUCAAGGACAUCAGCAGCAUCCUGCCACUUUUUCCUUUCACCUCAUACUCUGUACUGUACACACUAUUAAUAAGCACACAGAAAUUCUUGCAUUUAACUUCAGAUUUUUCAGCCACAUUAUGUACUUAUUCUCCUCCAAAGCACAGCAACAUCUAUAUGCCUUUUUACCUCUGAAUCUUUGCUAUCUACCUCCAUCAAUGCAAGUGCAUUUGUUAAUGCAUAAUGUAUAAAUAUAUAAAUAUAUUAUUUUGCUUUAUACAUUUUCUACUUUUGAUUGUUUACGUGUUAUGUAUAUGUGUCUAUAUAGCUACACUUAUUUGUAUCCAACAGUUUAAACACCAAACAGCAGUUGCUGCACCCAGUUUAAGCCCCAGUCCAAAGGGUCCCUAAAUCACCUGCAGGUUGGAGAUGCUGAAAACUGGUUCAUCCAAAUUGUAUCCAUUGCUGAGAAGUCUUGUAUCAAUAUAUCUGUGUUUUACAGUUUUGUCCCUGUUAUUGUUUAUUUUCAACAAAAACAUUUAUACCAGCAAGUCAAGUUGAAUAUCAGGUAUUGAUUCUCAGGUGCUGAGAUUUGUGUCUUUGUCUCCCAUCAAGCUUCCUCUUUUAUAUCUGCCUCCUCUGACGGUCGGUCACUGAUGUUUUUAGUAGUUUAAAGUGACUCAUAGCUGAAAUCGGUCCCUUCUGAGUAGACCUAAUAAUGUUGGAGAGGAAAAAGAGCCAUUUAAGAGAAUUUCACUGUGGUUCUCUCUGUCCUCUGUGUCCAAGACUGAAAAGAACUGCUUCAUAACUAUGUUUUCUCUCACUCCCUGCCCUGCUCAGAAAUCCUAUUACCAUCAGCAAACUGUCAUCCAAUAUAACCAUUACAUACAGCCGUGUUACUCCCAUUUUAUUCAUUAACAGAAUCUCCUCCCAGCACUCCCCUCAGCUCCUCUAUCUGCACUUCUUUUUCUUCUCCGCCCUCUACUGAGGUCAACUGGCUCAGUACGCCUUCCCGCAUCUCUUGUACUUCUGGUUGAAAUGAACAGUGUGUUAGAUUUAGGGGGAUUUAGUGGCAUCUAGCAGAUUGCAAUCAGCUGAAAAUUCUCCAGGUUGGAAUUCCUUCAGUGUUCAUUGUUCAGGAGGUUCAGGAGUAAAGCAGUUUCAUGUUACAAAUCAGUGUUUCUCCGACACUGUUUGGCAUGUUGAAUGCCGCUAGCUAGCCUAACACCUGCGAAAGUGCGCUCACCUUUUAUGUCAGUGAAGAUUCUCAGUCAUCCAGGUCAUGGUAAUCUUAAGAGCUAUAUCGUAGCCAGCUGGACUUGCUUGAGUUUCUUGAGGAUGUUUCGCCUCUCAUCCAAGAGGCUUCUUGAAGGCAAACUCUUGGAUGAGAGACUACAAUAUAGCACUCACCUUUUACUAUUAUAACUUAAGAUCCAGAUGUUCAAGUUAUUUCCAGAGGUCUCUUCCUCUUUAAAACAAAAGGACCCAGUGAUUUAAAUCAGUAAAACACCCAAUAAAGCAGUUUCACAGAAAAAAAAAAUCAGUGUUUUUCCAACACUCUCACCGCAGAGGGGCUGCGAACUACGGUGGCUAACGGGAUAACAUGAAUGGCCCUAUCUUGUGCCAGUGUUGUCUUGUGUAGUUUGUCUGAUCUGGGCUUCUGUAGAAACAUGGCAAACCAACAUGGUGAUAUCCAGAGAUGAGUAACUGCUCUGUGUGUAGAUAUAAACAACUCAUUCUAAGGUAACAAAAACACAACUUGAUUUUACUCUAAAGAAAACAUAUUGCAUCUCUGACAAUAUAUAUUCCCCUAAAUCCCACACACUGGACCUUUAAGACGAGGACAAGUUCAGUCCCAGUAGAGGGCUUUUCUCUCUGGAAAGCUGUGACUUUCUCUCUUUCUGUCCCUCUCUUACAUGUAUGUGUCUGUGUUUGUGUGUUUAUUUAUUAUAAAACAAGUGAUGAUUUUAUUAGUGCAGCACAGCAUAUAUCUGUACACUGUCCAUUAGUGAAAAUAAACAACUAUACUAU